AUGGUGGUGGUGGUGAAGAAAGGGAAGUGGUGGUGGCAGCGUGUGGUGGUGAUCGGUAGUGAAUGGAAGAAGAAAUGGCUGAGGACUUGCAAAGGAAAUAAUAGCUACCAACUGAUGGAUUCCAAAGCAGUUGCUUCUUGUGUUCUCCUCCAUCUGUUGAUUGUCCUGGGAGCCUGUGACAUCAUACCCAAGGCCAAGGAUAGUGGUACUAAUGCAAUCAGGCUCCACGGCAUUGAUGCUAAUAAUCCUCAUCGAAAUGAUAAGACACAUCAUGUUGCUCACGUACAUGAAAAGAAGUCAAUGCAUCAUCCUUCUCUUUCGUCAUCCCACAUGAUGCAUCAGAUAGAUGCAAGAAAAACCAUGUUUUUCGUUUUAGAUGAUCUCAAGUUAGGCAAAACAAUGAGUAUCCUUUUCCCUGACGGAGAUCCUAGUCCUUUGUCCUCUCCUUAUCUCUGGCCUAGAGAACAAGCCGAUGCUAUUCCCUUUUCAUUGGCAAAACUCCCACAAAUUCUUCAACACUUUUCAUUCGCUCAAGGAUCUCGCAAGGCCCAAGUGAUGCAACAUACACUCCGAGCAUGCGAGACUAAGCCUAUCAAGGGAGAAUCCAAGGCUUGUGCCACAUCCUACGAGUCAUUGGUAGAUUCUGCACGAAAGAUCUUUGGAUUGAAUACCGAUAUUGAAGUUUUAUCAACGCAUUACUGA